AGGACAGAUAUGGACAUUGGAAAAUGGCCAAAAAGCUCAAAACGCUUUUGUAUAUAUAAAAAAACAAUAGUAUUGCACAAGCUAUUCUCCCUAGAGUGGCCGCUCACAAAAGCCUAAGGCCCAUAUUGUGAGCCAUGUGAUUGCUGUCAAGCAACGGGAAUCAAGGGUUUAAAUGUCGAAUUUAUAUCGAUCUCGACAUUAUAAGAUUAGGAAUUUAGAGUAUACUGUAUGUAGAUUCAACUAUUUAGGUUUUUAAGUAAAACUUGUGGACCAUAUCUGAAAGAUAGUUUUCACAAACGUACCGUUUUAGAGCGACGUUUAUGUUGUUUUCCAAAUUGAAUCGCGGAGCUGUCCGGGACGCAUUGCAAAGGGUAGCUUUAGGUUUGAAUCAUUUGUGUACUUCCGUGUUAUUUUUUAAAAGAUAAAGUUAAAUUUCUUCCUUUUCAGGUAACAAGACCUGCACUGCACCAGUUUAUAUUGAUGACAAAGAAGAUGAAGAUGCUGUUGUUGGGCCUUGUUCAGAAUGUGGAUUUAGUGAUUUUGAACCAGGCACAAGAGCCAGAUAUUAUGAAGUCCUGAAUUUUAGUCGAGAGGAGAUUAAAACAAUGGAAAACAAUAACUGCUUUUACCUAGACAUCUGCAAAAAGUUGUUGGAACUUCAGGAAAAUAUGUUUCACAAAUUAAAUGUGUGGCAAGCCAAAACAUUGGAUUGUGGAUUUGAAGCAGCAAUUGGUGUAAACAUGUUCGAAACUGCAAAGAAGUUUGGCAUGGAAAAUGUGGAUGCUAUCAAAUUCUAUUAUGGUGAGCAACAUCCAACGUAUGGAAUGAUACUUUUGAAGAUUGGAAAGAUCUGUGACUAUUUAGGGGAUAUAAAAGAAUCCCUGUAUUACCUGCAGCAAGCAGAACCUAUUCUGCGUCUGGGUCUCGGAUCACAGCACCCAGCAUGCAGGGAGCUGUGUGAACUUCAGCAUAAAGUACUUGAAGAAAUAAGAUGUACUUCGAUACAAUAAAAGUCUGCGAAAGGAUAUACAGGUAUGUAAAGUAUCCUCGGGAUGUGGGUGUAUUUCUGCAAGCAGUUGUGUUAGAAGCUGAACGAUAAUCAUCUCUUCGAUUUUCAUCUGAAUCUUCACCAAAAUAUUGUACGGAGACUGUAGUCAACGCAUAUAUAUCCAUCUGUUAAAUUCAUAAAACAUUCAUUGAUCACAGUGUUAGAGCAUACAUUAUGUUGUUAUUCAUGGUUUCUCUACUAAAGAAACAUUGUGUUUUUCAUUAUUUUAAGGAAGCAAGACUGCUUUGAUAAUAAACGUGAUAGAGCAGUAAAUAUUUUAGCCUGAUUUUAUAUAAGGCUUUCAACUGUUCCCUUGAUUCGUUGGAAAAUCAUGGCCAGCAAUGUGCCAUUGUUUAUGUGUUUACAAUAGGUAAUAAAUUGUAACCAGU